CACAAACAUUCAGUAGUAUUGGAGCCAUUCGCAAAGAAGUAAAUGGAAGCUUUGAUAAUGGUAAACAUAAAGCGAAAACCAAUUAACUAAGUACUGUCUAUGCCGCGGCCACAAAUCUGAGUGUAAAAAGAGUUAGUUUGGUUAGUUUAUUUUUGACAUUGAUGAAAGGAGUCUGUGGACAAAAAGGAAAUAUAACAGUACAACAUAAAUUUAGAAUUAGAAAAUCCUGACAAAAUUAAAUAUCUUAUUAAGUAAUACAUCUAGUACAAAUUAUGGGGGGUGGUGCUCACGGACAUGAACCUCCAUACAAAAUUCCUGAUUACAGAAUAUAUAAAGUUAAAGAUGUUCCAGAAUUAGUUGAAACAGAAAGAGCCUUGGCAUCUCUUGGACUAAAAGAUCCUUGGCUACGAAAUGAAGUUUGGAGAUACAAUCCCAAAGAAUUUGGAACAGAGAGUACCCGGUUCAAAAGUUUAUUUUUCAGAGGAUUUAAACUUGGAUUUGGUGCCUUUGUACUUACUGUUGUUGGCACUACAAUCUAUGAUAAAAUGUACCCUAGUAAACAUGGUCAUGGGCAUUAAAAAUUUAUUUCAAUUAAAAUAAUUGUGAAAGUAGAUUUUUUUGUAAAUAGAAGUACAAGAUAU